AGUCUUACAGCCGCCGCGCGUGGCCACAGACGUGCCCGAGCAACCCGAGAGCGAGCGCAGACGACCGGAGCGGUUACGAUGCUGCGCGGGUUUUAACCGGGAGAGACCGAGAGAGACGAGGUCGUUCUUCGGAGGAGCGCUGCGGAGGACCGUCAUGGUCGGUCGGGGGCUAUGGGCGUGUAAGCCCCGGUUCGGGAAGCGCGGCGGCCGCCUCGGCGUCCUGCCGUGGGGUUGCGCGGCGGCGGCGGCGGGCGCGGUCCUGCUGGCGCUGCUCUUCGUGGACCUUAUCGAGACGUGGGUCACCUCCGUCGGCAUGAUGGACGCGGCGGAGGAGCCGCACGCCGGCGUCGUUAUCCCCCCGCAGAGCGUGCCCCCCACCCGGCCCGAGGAGUUCCUGCUCAUGCCCAGCCCGCUCGUCUGUCAGCGAGCCAAGCCUUUCCUCAUCACCAUGGUUACCUCGGCGCCCGCCAACCGGAGGGCGCGCCAGGCCAUCAGGGACACGUGGGGCGGGGAGGUGGAAGUGAGGGGCCUGCGGGUCAUGACCCUCUUCAUGGUGGGCGUGGCGUCCGACCCCGGGCUGGCCAAGCUGCUGGUGGAGGAGGCCAGAGAGCGGGGGGAUCUGGUGCAGGGCCGUUUCCUCGACACCUACUCCAACCUCACACUGAAGACCCUGUCCAUGCUGGGCUGGGCCCGCCGGUUCUGCCCCCAGGCUCACUUCACGGCCAAAGUGGACGACGACGUCCUCUUCAACCCCGGCGCCCUCCUUCGCUUCCUGAACAAGAGCCGGAACCCCUACGAGCAGGGCGACCUGUACCUGGGCAGGGUGCAUCCCCACGUGGCCCCGGACCGUGACCCGGGGAGCAAGCACUACCUCCCUUCGGGGGCCUACCCUCCGCCGGUCUUCCCGGACUAUUGCAGCGGCACAGCCUACGUCCUGUCCCGCUCCGCCUUGCUCAAGGUGUCCCUGGCGGCCUCCGCGUCGCCCCUGUCCACGCCGCUGCCCCCCGAGGACGUGUUCGUGGGCCUGAGCGCUCGGGCGGCCGGCGUGCGGCCCUCGCACUGCGCCCUGUUCUCCGGGGGCCCCGGGGUGCCGUACGGCCGCUGCUGCUACCAGGCCAUGGUGUCCGUCCAUCACGUGACCCCCAGGGAGAUGCUGCACUACUGGGCCGACGUCCACACGUCGCAGCCUUGCUCCUGGCUGAGUCUCCGCGCCUCUCUGGGGUUCUGCAAGGUCAGGGCGUUGCUCGGCUCUGUGCUGGGGCUGGAGCAGGGUUUGUGACGGGGAGGUGGGGGGGGCUGUAAAACUGUUUGGCAAGUAAAACUGUCACUUUAUUAUUUUGUAGAGCUUUAUUUUUUUAACCACUUACAGAACAGAAGGUCGUGUCCCAGUGGCUUUUUCUUUAGACAGACACUUAUUUUCGAGGCACACAAAGCCCUAGAGCACCAGUGUAGUGCAUGGCCACGUUUUUAAAAGAUGUUAGUUUAUUAAGACACCUCACUGCAUGAUGCUACAACUGGAACCGUAGAUAGAGGUAGGAAGGAAGGAAGGAAGGAAGGAAGGAAGGAAGGGGAAGUUUUAUGUUCUUAAGUAGAAGCAGACACGAGUUUGACCCCCCUCCCUCUUUAACGGGACACGUUACAAACUGAUUUGAUCUUUGCUCUCGAUGUGGUAACCCGCUGCCUCUCACAAUGUGACUUUGUCCGAUCCACGUUGCGGUAUUUAUGACCCCUCUCUGCAGAGCGAGGGUCGUGUCGCAGACAGUUCGCAGGAUGAAGUUGUCUCGCUCCACGGAGGAAUAAGUCAGGAAAACAUGUUUGGAUGUUGGACCCCGAAAACGCUGUCACAAAUAAACCGCUCUGAACUGCG